CCACAGCCAGUUCUAGAAAGUCUUUCACUAUGGGGAAAUUCUGGAACUAUACUAAUUCCUCUAAUAAAAUGUCUCCACAUAUGCUGCUGAUCUCGCUGCUUUCUUCGAUGGUCCUAGAAGUCUGGUGUCAGUCUGACUGUAGUUACCAAAAGCUGCUGAAAUCAUUAAACCUAGAAAAUGCUUCGAAGGUGCGUCCAGUGAGGAAUUGGAAAAAUGCAUCCAUAGUGAACAUCGACUUGACCUUAUACACCAUCGUAGAUUUGGAUAUGAGCACGCAAACUGCUACAACCUUUGUCUGGUUCUACAUGGCAUGGACAGAUGAAUACAUUAGCUGGAACCCAGGUGACUUUUGUGGAAUAAAGAAACUGUUUGUUAACAGUGAUUAUUUCUGGAAACCAGACCUUUACAUCUACGAAAUGACAGAAAAUGAUGACAACUCUCCAGAAAUUCCAUAUUAUAUACUGCGUAACAAUGGGCAAAUCAUUAAUGCAAUGCCACUACGCAUCAUCAGCACCUGCAAUUUGAACAUUUACAAGUUUCCUUUUGACAUCCAGACAUGCAAGCUCUCCUUUGGCUCUUUUAUGUACACAGUUUCAGAUAUUGUUAUGUGGCCAAAAAGCAACUCUUCAGUUGUCAACCAAAAUGCAAAAGAUGUGUUUGCCUCUAAAGAUGAAUGGGAGCUGCAGUCGGUAGCAGUGUACAACACGACACAUAAGACCAUGGGCCUGGAAUACAGCCAAGUCAUCUACAGUAUUUAUAUAAAAAGAGUUGCUGUGAUAUAUGUUUUAAACCUCAUUAUACCUGCCUGUUUCUUGGUAUUCCUGGAUAUUGCAAGUAUGUUCAUCCACAAUUACGAAAAUAGACUUGAUUUCAAGAUCACCGUUGUUCUGGGAUUCUCCGUGAUGCUGCUAAUUCUGAAUGCCUUGCUGCCCAAUUCUGAUAGCACUCCCAUGUUAGGUACUUUCUGUUGUAUUUGUAUGGCCAUGAUGAUUCUCAGUGUCAUUGGAACAAUAGCUACUUCCUACAUGACAGAAAAAUCUACAACCAACUCACAGGUCCCUGUAUGGGUCAAGGUCCUGGUCUUGAAGCAUCUGGCACGUAUUAUAUUAUUUAAAAAAGAUUUUGCCAAAGAAGAACUGGUCACACCAGUCACGGCAGACAAUAAUGAUCCUGAAAAUGCAAAAAAAUCUGAAACAAACGAAGAUGUUUCAGACCAGAGGAGAGCACUAGAGAAUGAUUCAAAUGUUAAGAAAGAGGUUAAGCUGUUAAAAAGAAUCUUGUCAGAAAUUUUAAGGAUCCAUCGUAAACUGAUACUUGAUAUGCAGCAGAAGGAUGAACAGACAGAAUGGUCACUAGUAGCCCAGAUUGUAGACCGACUAGUCCUUAUUCUGUAUCUUAGCAUUGUAACUUUGGUGUUUAUCAUUAUGAUUUGUGUUUGGACCAUUUAGGGUUCGAUUUGACAUAACUAUGUUCUAAGAGUCAUCUAGAGGAUGCUUUAAACAGCAGAAUAAGAACCUUCAGAUGUUUAUGAAUUGUAAAUUCUGAUGUGUGGAGUCAACCAAGGGUGGGCUUUAUGCUAAAUUGGUUCAUAUUGGAAUGCAUAGUUGGCCAUACAAAAUGGUCAUGGGCUGAAUGCUUCUAUGUACUUUCCUUGCAAUAAAAGGUCCGGAAACAAACUAUGAUGUUUCUGCUCUACCUUCCUAUUUGGAUAUGCUAAAAGAAAUUGAUUCAUAGUAGCAGUAUAUUAGCAUAAUAGUAGUAGCAGAAUAGUAGCAUAGUAUUAGGCCUCGUAUACACGAUAGGUUAACCAGAGGACAACGGUCUGAUGGACCGUUUUC